CCGAAGCUUAUACUUUUACUCAUCGUCGCCGGAAACUUUUCUGGCCAAGUCAUGUCGGUCGUCCAGGAAUGCGGCGGCGCCGACGACGGCGCCGACGGCUGCACCGACAAGAAACGGGCUUUGCCGCUGAAAAUCAUCGCCAUAGUCUCGAUACUGGCGACGAGCAUGAUCGGAGUUUGCCUGCCGCUGGUGAGCCGAUGGGUUCCGGCCCUGAGCCCCGACCGGAGCCUCUUCGUGGUGGUGAAGGCCUUCGCCGCCGGCAUCAUCCUGGCCACCGGAUUCAUGCACGUGCUGCCGGACUCCUUUGACAUGCUCUCCUCCGGCUGCCUGAAUGAAAAUCCGUGGCACAAGUUCCCGUUCACCGGCUUCGUGGCCAUGCUCUCGGCCCUAAUCACGCUCAUGAUAGACUCCAUGGCCACCAGUCUCUACUCGAAGAAGCACCGCGUGGUGCUGCCGGAGGCCGCCGCCGCCGCCGCCGCCGGAGAUAUGGAGAUGGCGGCGGUGGAAGGCGGCGGCGCGAAUUUUCACCACGGCCAUGGUCAUGGGGUUAAGGAGGCGGAAGUCAACGCCGGGUCGCAGCUUCUUCGUUACAGAGUGAUUGCCAUGGUACUAGAGCUUGGUAUCAUAGUCCACUCGAUUGUGAUUGGCCUCUCACUUGGCGCCUCGAAUAACACGUGCUCGAUAAAGGGCCUUGUGGCGGCCCUUUGCUUCCACCAAAUGUUCGAGGGUAUGGGCCUCGGCGGCUGCAUUUUACAGGCCGAGUACAAGCCCAUCAAGAAGGCAGCCAUGGCCUUCUUUUUUGCGGUCACCACACCAUUCGGGAUUGGGCUGGGCAUGAUACUGUCCACCACCUACAAGGAGAACAGCCCGCGGGCCCUAAUCACGGUGGGCCUGCUCAACGCGUCAUCUGCUGGGCUUUUGAUUUACAUGGCCCUAGUGGACCUGCUGGCGGCGGACUUUAUGGGCCCGAAGCUGCAGGGGAGCGUGAGGCUGCAGGUCAAGUCGUUUGCGGCCGUGCUAUUGGGAGCCGGAGGAAUGUCACUAAUGGCCAAGUGGGCGUGAAAAUUGGCUGGAUUUUAUUGUGUGGUUUUUUUUUUAUAAGAAUUUGUGUUUUUGAUAUUGAAUCUUGGUCAGCCUCAUGUGGUUUUCUUCUUUCUGUCUGGUGGGUUUAUAUGUAUAUUGUAUUUGAUCUAAUAAAUUUUGGUGGUUUCAAAAGUAUGGUGUUGUACAAUUACUAAAAGGUGAAAUUUUUGCAAGAAAAAUUAGUACCGUCUUUUGUUCUGCAAUUUAAUUUAAUCAACACUUGCAAAGUUUCCAAAAAUUAAGUUUUAUUUGUGUUGAUUAUAUAGUUGUAUUAUGUAUUGUAGGGUUAGAUUAAGG